UUACUUGAGUUGGAUGAUAUGCAAAUUUCACAUAUUCCCGCUUCCCUUGCAUUCAACAUUCUCCCGCUCCUCAACGCACCCGUUUUUAUCUUCAGGUAGUUAUCAACCCUUCUAUCCAUUUAGAGAUCAUACUAUUCCCUCGGACACCGUCCCGCAAGUCAUCGCUGUCGAAACGCCUCUCUCAGCAGCAGUCCGAGAUGGCACUUCCAUCAUUGCAUCCAGACGAAAUCAUGAAGCAGUAUAAUACUCAUCGAGAGCUCAACGCCCUCUUCCGCAAUCUCGGACUGGCAAACCAAACAAAAGGCAAUGGACGAGGCACUGCUACCUUUUCCGGCCGCGAUGAGAAGCGGCUGAACAGAGAUAUCACCAGUGCAUCAAGGGAAGUCUCUCGAGACGCCGAAGGAGGAGCUCCUCAAUGGCUUGGCGAUCCGAAUGUCUUGAGACAGUCCAGGAAACUUGCCAUGAUAUAUGGCCCAAAGAUUUGGUGGCCUUCCUCUAGGCAUCUGUCAUGGGAGAACGAGGCCCACCGAAAAGUAAUCCUCCUUAAUAUCCACUGUUUGCUUGUUCGACGAGCAUUCAGGCAUCGCCCUCUGGCCCUUCGGCAGAGCGUGGAAGACGACUUCGAUGACACGCUCCAACGCGAGGACGAAAACACGAGAAGGCGGUCCUCCAGGCUAGCCGAGAAGGCCACGAAUGGGUACAGCAGCCCCGCGCCCCAAAACCUUGACGACUCCGGUGACGUGGACAAUCUAUAUCGAUAUGCUCCUCUACGAGGACAAAUCGCUCCCUGUUCCGGGACUUCCCAAGCGGGGGAUCAUGGUCCAGAUGGCUCUUCUCGGGUCCGCGACUCGGGCUCACGGGGGUCAACGCAAACUGCUGCGCCGCAUGGCCCUUCGACGUGCGCCUCCGGCGGUAAUAGCGAUCAACGGUCUGGAUCCGCUUAUACAUCCUACACCUCAGCACUCCAUAAAGAGUCGAAGCCUCGGGUAGGCGACGAGGGAAUUGACAGAGUGCCCUCAUUUUCGCUCUUCGAUUGGGCACGAGAGACUGCGGAACAAAGGGACAGUCCGAUGGCAGAAGGGGAGCGCAAUUUCCCGGCAGUCAGUUCCCCCUCCCAGAGGGAUGCCGUUGGCGGCGCCGCUCCAGAUGAAUACGACAGUGGUUUCAUAGCCUCACCGGGCCUUACACGCUGUGGCGAACGUGAACAGGACACGGGGAUGUUACCUCCUUCAACGCUUCGAAACGCCAAUCUUCCUAUGCAGACCCGGGCGACUAUCAGAUCGUGGACACCGUUCGUCAGUACUAGCGAAAUGCCUAAUAUGCCGCCACCAUCAAUGCCCGGAAGACAUACUGCAUCUUCGUCCGUGUGGCCUGCGCGCACCGUUGCGCGCAUUCCCUUGCUACACCAACACCAUGCCCUGAGAGCAUCCGACAGCGACACGCGCAAUCUCGAGACCAGGCGGAGCCCCAGCAAUGACUCCGUUAUAGGAACUCUUGACCUGGAUCCAGCCCCCAGCACUGCGAACGUCAAUAGCAUCCGGGAUCCAAAAAGACAAGCCGAGCACGUGAGGAUGCUGAGGUCAGAAUUGAGGAUGUUGGUCUUUUCUCCUGUCCAUGUUGUUUCAGAAAGACACCGCGAGCGGUUGCAUCAUUUGCUUCAAGCCUUCUGGGAAGAAGACCAACAGAAGCUGUCCGACCGCCUUGGGGUUUCGUUUCCGUUGGUGGCAACUUCGUUCAACGAGUGGAUGUCCGUCAUCGAGGCGCUCACCAGCAUCAAAAGGUUCCACCCAGGACCGAUCGACUCUCUAAACGAUGCUUGCGAAGGCCUUCCUGCCACGCAGCGCCGAACGGCGCUUGAGGCUUUGAGCAAGCUUGAAUACUACGUCAACAAACUGAAGCUGGGCCGCGUUUAUGCUGAUAGAGUCGCAGAAGUAGUCUAUCAACUCUGCGAUGAUAAACGUGAGUGGACUCGAGAGGAGGUUCUCGAUUAUGUUCAGAAUCAGAAUAUGGAGAUUGCGGCAGAGUUUGCGUAGGUGGGCUUGUGUUGGAUUUCAUGUCGGGACAACGUGCCUGCGACAGCGCUAACGGCCCGUGGCGUACCCAGGUAUUCGCUCCUCUGGGGUUUCGUUUCGUAGGUAAUGUGCGGCAUGAGAGCUAUCCCGGUAUCGCAACUGCAGUAGUAAUAAAGAAUAAAC